AUGCCGACAUUAGGAUUUCUCAAGAAGAAACGGACGAGGGAGUCGCCGGGUCAGAAAGACCUAGCCUCUCCAACUUCUACAUCCAGCCAACCCACCAGUCCGAUUACCCCAACCACCUCCAGAACCCUUGAUAAAUCAAUAACCUCCGUCUCCACACAAUCCACCGCUCCCCAACCCCAGAGCGCGCCUCAAUCCGCCGAUCCCAACCAAGAGAGUCCCGCGGUUGUGGGCGAGCAACAACCAAUGACGCAAGGGGUCUCUCACCAGCAGCAACAGGCGUACGGGACCUAUUCUCAGCCUCAGGAGCAGCACCAGAACCUGCCUACCAUUAACAACCUCAUCAAUCCUCCCCAAAACGAUGGUGCAUCACAAUCAAAACCGAACAUGGGUCAAUCAGAACCCGAAAAUGGCUCUGCCAGACAGCCAGAAGCCGCCCACCACUUGCCCCAGGCACAAGUUGUUCCACAGCCUACCCAGAUCAGACAGACCAAAGGCAAAUAUUCUUUAACAGACUUCGACAUACUGCGAACAUUGGGAACGGGGAGCUUUGGAAGGGUACACCUGGUCCAAUCAAAGCAUAACCAACGAUUCUAUGCGGUCAAGGUGCUGAAAAAACAGCAAGUAGUGAAGAUGAAGCAGGUCGAACAUACGAAUGACGAAAGGAGAAUGCUGCAAGAAGUGAAGCAUCCAUUUCUCAUCACGCUCUGGGGCACAUUUCAGGAUUCCAAAAAUCUAUACAUGGUCAUGGAUUUCGUGGAAGGAGGUGAACUAUUCUCACUGCUGAGAAAAUCCCAGCGUUUUCCAAACCCUGUGGCAAAAUUCUAUGCUGCCGAGGUCACCCUGGCGCUCGAAUACCUACAUGGGAAAGACAUUAUCUACAGGGAUCUGAAGCCUGAGAAUUUGCUACUCGACAGGCAUGGGCAUCUCAAAAUCACCGAUUUUGGGUUUGCCAAGAAAGUGCCAGAUAUCACUUGGACAUUGUGCGGCACCCCCGACUACCUUGCACCUGAAGUUGUUUCGAGCAAGGGAUACAACAAAUCUGUCGACUGGUGGUCACUUGGUAUAUUGAUCUUUGAAAUGCUGUGCGGCUUCACUCCAUUCUGGGAUGGCGGGUCCCCCAUGAAAAUCUACGAGAACAUUUUGAAGGGCCGUGUAAAGUAUCCUCCUUACAUCCAUCCCGACGCGCAAGACUUACUCCAACGGUUGAUCACAUCCGACCUGACAAAACGACUUGGAAACACCCAUGGUGGUGCAGAAGGUGUGAAGAACCAUCAAUGGUUCGCUGAAGUCACUUGGGAGAGACUGGCCAAGAAGGAUAUUGAUGCCCCAUAUGUACCACCUGUCAAGGCUGGUGUUGGCGAUGCCAGUCAAUUCGACAAGUAUCCUGAGGAGACAGAAUCGUAUGGGCAACUUGGCCAUGAUGAACAUGGAAAACUCUUCCGCGACUUCUAG